AUGGAAACGGCUUUUUCUGUCCCUGCGGCUAAGUGUCUGAGUAACUGCUGAACGAUCUGGUGAUUAUGGCUUCUACCGGCACUUUCCGCAUGGUCUCAGAGGAUGAACAGGCCUUGCGCUCCAAGCUUGAGCACCUGACUGUGAAGGAUCAUGGGCCGGUGUUCGGGCCAUGUGAGCAACUCCCUGAUCACACAGUACAGAAGGCAAAGGAUGAGCUGAAAGAGACCGUGGAGAAAAGAGUGUCUGCAGUAAAGGAGCUGAGAUCCCUGAUUUGUGAGAAGCCAGAGAAUAUGGAUGACUUGUCCGUGGCCGUGAAGGAGAAAUUUGGGAACAAACCAGAUUCUCUGCUCCUGAGGUUUAUUCGUGCGCGCAAGUUUGACGUGGCCAGAGCAUAUGAGCUCAUGAAGGGUUAUGUGCGUUUCCGACGUGACUACCCCGAGCUGUUUGAGGAUUUGACCCCUGAAGCAGUGCGCAGUACCAUCGAGGCUGGCUAUCCACAAAUACUUGGCACACGUGACAAGUACGGACGUGUGGUGCUCCUUUUCAACAUAGAAAACUGGGAUUUGGAAGAGGUCACCUUCGAUGAAACUCUGCGGGCUUACUGUGUCAUCCUGGAGAAACUUCUGGAAAAUGAGGAGACUCAGAUCAAUGGCUUUGUACUCAUUGAAAACUUUAAGGGUUUUACUAUGCAGCAUGCAGCUGGCAUCAAACACACUGAGCUGAAAAAGAUGGUGGACAUGCUGCAGGACUCGUUUCCUGCACGCUUCAAGGCUGUGCAUGUGAUUCACCAGCCGUGGUACUUCACAACCACUUACAAUGUGGCCAAAUCCUUCAUGAAGAGCAAACUGUUAGAGAGGGUGUUUGUUCAUGGAGAUGAUCUGGACGCUUACUUCAGAGACUUUAGUGUCGAAAUCCUCCCUCCAGACUUCAGUGGGACAGGACUGAGAUGUGAUGGCAGAGAGACAGCAAACAAGCUGUUUGGCUCAGAAGACACAGCUCUUUAAACGACGGGAGUCACUAACACGCUAGUCUGGCCAACGUAUAUGGAGUACACUGAUGUACGUCCUUUAGGCAGUAUAAAAAAGUGGGAAAAAAAGAUGUUAAAAUAUGGAUGAACAUAAAGAACUGUACCAUGGGAGAAAUAUAAACAGUAUACUGAACAACGGGAGCAGAAUUUUUUGUUAAAGGAGACGAGGUAAUAGAGGUCAUGAGGGUUAUGUACUAUUAUGUACUAUGCUACUCUUUAGUAGCAUUAACCCAGCUAAACUUUAAGACAUAGUGUGUAUAUAAUCAAACAUACACACACUCCACAAUGAAGUGUUUUAAGCUAAAGUGCUGAUUGACUGACAUAUCGUGGUACAGAUUUUGUUCUCCAUGACUGGUUUUAUGAUCUAGAUAAUAAUUAGCAGUGUUUAUAAUAAAAUACGACUAAUGGAAACGUUAACCAUUUUAACAUGUGGUCGGUCAAGGUGGCAAUACAUAUGAAUUAACACUUACAUUCAGAUCACUGGCUUUGUGCUCAAUGAAAACUAAGUGGUUUACCAUGCUGCAGGAUUAAACACUGGAUGUUCAUGUCGAUGUGAACUUCAAAAGAAGAGAAUAAGAAUAUAAAGGGGUUGGACAAAAUAAUGAGGACACAUGAAAUAUGUAAUAUCUCUUUAUUAAUAAAGUGUUGGGCCACCAUUUACAUUUAAUACAGCUUACAACCUUCUUGGAAUAGAUUCAUACAACUUCUCAGUAUCUUCUAGUAAAGUUUUGUACUAUUCAUCUAGCAGAAUAUCUUCUAAUUGCUUCAGAGCGGUUGGUGUAGGGAACCUGCUUGUCACUUUUCUUUCGAAAAUUUCCCAAAUUGUUUAGAUGAUAUUCAAGUCAGGUGACUGAGCUGGACAGGGUUGAUGUUGAAGUUCUGCUCUGCAAACCAAAUCAUCUUGAAAAAUGACUAUUGUUUGGAACCAACAUUUGAAUCAUAUUAUGAACACUUUUAAAUACUUUCUGGCAGAAACACGACCAUGUAGACUAAUGAUGGGGCCAGAAGAAUACCAAUAUAUGGCUGCCCAAUGGAACCAUACAGCCCAAGUUGUACACUUCCUUGGGGGUUCUCCAUACAUAAGCUCGACCUGCUGUUGGGAACAAUGUAAAUGAGUCAUCAGACCAUAUCACUCGUUUCCAGUCUUCAUCUGUCCAGGUUUUAUGAUCAAGACACCAUCUUUUUCACAUUUUUGUGACAUCAUUGUUUUGAUUUUCUCCACUAUUCUUUUUCAACUAUGAAGUCCUAUCAUGCUUUGUAUACAUCAUGGAGAUUGUUGCUCUUAAAACACCAAAUAGUUGGGCUGAAACAGUUACAGAUGCUUCUGCUAAACAGGCUUCCAUGAUCUGCCCCCUUUGGAAGUCUGACAAGUCACCAGUUACAACAGUAUCUUAAACUUACCACUGCUGAGAACAACUUGUUUUAUACUGGCAUGCAACCUAGACAAUAUAUAGCAACACAAAAUAAAUAAAUGAUAGUCACAACAUUUAUUUUUUCACAGUAGCCUACACAAAUAAUAUUAACUCCAUAACAAUGGGUGUCCAUUUUGUCCAACCACUGUUUUUUUUAUUCUUGCAUGUGAUCCACCAGCUGUUGUACUUCACAACUUCUUACAACGUGGCAAUGAACAGCAAACUGCUGGAGAGAUUAGAAAGAGGCACCUCUCAUGUCUUUUCUCCAUGAGAAAGAUCAAUAAAC